GCAUUGCAGAAAGACACUUGUCUUAUUUCCUUCUCACUCUCCACAACAUAUUGAGUCAUUGAAGUCCUGCUCAAUAAGUCACCGGGGUUUUGCAUCCUUUAAGGCUAAUCAGGGGAUCGGCACACUGAGGUUGUGGAGUUGCAUUGAGGGAAGAUGGAUAGACGAUAAAAAAAGACAUCAGCUUCUGAGGUAAGGUGAACGGUGAUUUCGUAAUGACAAGCUGCUGUGCAGAAGAUGUCCACGCUGUCUGUGACUGAUAUCCCAGAUGUUGGUCAUGAUGAGAGUAAGGUGUUCAACGGGGCCUCGGAGCUGCAGCUGGACUGCAUGGUCGAGGAGAGCAGUGGAAGCGCCGCGAUGAAGCACGACGGCCUGCUGUCAUUGGCUGACCUCUCUCAGCCUGAUGACUUUCCCGCGCCCCCCCAUAACGGCUCUCCGCUGGCCGACAUGAGCAGCGCUCUGCCAGUGGAGCCCAGUGACAUCAAACUGGAUCCAGCUGCAGGCGACACAUCUGCCAGCAUAGAUGGUCAGCCAGUGAAGAGAAAGAAGGGGCCCGCUCCGAAGAUGCUGGGUAAUGAAGUCUGCAGCGUAUGUGGUGACAAAGCAUCUGGUUUCCAUUACAACGUGCUAAGCUGCGAGGGUUGUAAGGGCUUCUUUCGACGCAGCGUCAUUAAAAGUGCCCAGUACUCCUGCAAGAACAACGGCCGCUGUGAGAUGGACAUGUACAUGCGCCGCAAGUGCCAGCAAUGCCGCCUGCGCAAGUGUCGGGAGGCGGGCAUGCUGGAGCAGUGUGUGCUGUCCGAAGAACAGAUCAGACUGAAGAAGAUGAAGAAGCAGCAGGAUGAGGAAACGGCCCGCACGUCCACGGUGGUCACCCCCACCCCCCCACAGGAAGUAGCCACGCUGGACCCACAGCAGCAGGACAUGAUCGAGAAGCUGGUAGCCAUGCAGAAGCAAUGCAACAAGAGGUCGUUCCUGGACCGACCUAAAGUCACACCGUGGCCACAGAGUCAGGACUUGCAGAACCGAGAAGUCCGCCAGCAGAGGUUCGCUCAUUUCACUGAACUGGCAAUUAUGUCAGUCCAGGAAAUUGUGGAUUUUGCAAAGCAGCUUCCAGGCUUCCUCGAGCUCACAAGGGAAGACCAGAUUGCUCUGCUCAAGACGUCGACAAUUGAGAUUAUGCUCCUGGAGACAUCUCGGCGGUACAAUCCUGCCAUUGACAGCAUCACUUUUCUGAAAGAUUUCAGCUAUAAUAAGGAGGAUUUUGCAAAAGCAGGGCUUCAGUUUGAGUUCAUUAAUCCCAUCUUCGAGUUCUCAAAAGGAAUGAACGACCUCCAUCUGGAUGAAGCUGAAUACGCUCUGCUCAUCGCUAUCAACAUCUUCUCUGCAGAUCGUCCAAACGUCCAAGAUCAUGACCUGGUGGAGAGGCUUCAGCAGCCCUAUGUGGACGCACUGCGCUCCUACAUCAUGAUAAAGAGACCAAACGACCACCUGAUGUUCCCCAGGAUGCUGAUGAAGCUGGUCAGCCUCCGUACGUUAAGCAGCGUCCAUUCGGAGCAGGUCUUCGCCCUCCGCCUCCAGGACAAGAAACUCCCCCCUCUGCUCUCUGAAAUCUGGGACGUCAACGAGUGACUGCAAACCCGAUGACACACUGCGUGGCUCUGAAGCCUCAGACGGACAGACAUCCAGCUGAAACGCUGACUGCUUUCUGCCCAUCGGGUCAGGGAUUGGUUAGAGCAAGAAAUACUGUUUUUUUUUGUUUUUUGUUUUUUGUUUUUUUCUUUUGGAGGAUGAGAGCCAUGCUGCUCUCAGACAGACUGCUAAAUAGUUCUGUUUUCAUCUGGAGAAACAUGAACAUAGUUUUCUUCAAGCCUUUUGUUGUUUUUCUUUUUGUUUUGAUGCUGAAAUGCGCUGAUUGUGGCAAUAUUGAACACCAGCAUCAGGCUCUGAAGCCACUUAUCUCUGAUUGAUUAAAAGUUAUGUCAAUCUCUAGUGCAGUUCAAUACUCGACGUCUAACAUUGAUAAUGAGAACGCUCUGAGCAGGUCUGGACUGUGGCGCUAACGCCAGGAUCACAGAUGCACAUUCUGUAGAAGGACUGGUUUUACAGAUGUGCAAUUGAGGGGAAUGGAUGUAGAGCAGACGCUGAUCUGCUGUUGGCCUGAUGAAGUUUGGGUUAAAUGGGAGGCCAUCUGGUCGGAGGAACAUAAGGGUUUGUGUUCAUUUUGGAAUGAGUGCAGAAAUCAAAAGGAUGGUGUAGUUGCUCAGGUAAAGUAAUGUGAAGUAGACCUCUGGGAAUUAGAGGUGUGUUUAAUAUCUCAUAGAUUACUUGAGUUUUCUUUCAAGUGCAUAAGGGACCCUUUUAGAUGCCCAGAAACAUUGAUGUAAAUGGUAUAUUUAUUUUCACAAACUGUUGUAUAGAGCGCACACAUGAAAAGUAUCCACAAGAUUGUACAAUCGCAUACCAAUGCACAAGAACAUGAACAGACAGAAGUAGCUGGAGGCAGAGUGAUGAACACAGGAGCCUCAUUUACAGGAUGUAGUUAUCUGAAUGUGGAAUUCUUUAUUUUCAAACAGAAAACUGAUGUCACGGUUUAAAAUUCAGUGAGAGGAUAAAAUAUUGGCAGAAUCAUACUCACCGUGAAUUAGUUGCUAGAAUAUAUAUUAGUAACAUAUUGGCUAUUUAUUGGUCAUUAUGAAACAUUUAUUAAUGUCUUAUUCUGCUUCUGCUUGGACAUCAUGGAAUAGUUUCCACUCACUAAUAGAACUGAUAUUGUUCUCAUGAUCCAAGUUCUACACACUAAACUGUUAAACAGCCUAAAGGGGACUAGUGGCUGUAUGGACUUUGGGUGAUUUGGAAAUGUCCCUCCACAACUGUGUGUCAGCUCAGAGCCGUUCACAUCUUACUGUUGAAAACUGUUGAAAGCACGUUUCUUACUGUAGUCGUCUGUUGAGGUGACGCUUUUCUGAAGGAAUUCAGUUUGUUGUAUCAGGAUAUGAGCUGUCUGAAUUUCCACCGAAAACACUUUAAGAACUUCAUUGUCACUACUGCAGCCUCCAUUGUCCUGGACCAGGAAAUAGGCUGAAUAAAUGCACAGGAAACAAAACAUUUUGCACACGACUAAUCUCAUCACAGGACGUCUGUUUUUGUUGAAAUAGUGAAGGUAAUUUAGAACACGGCCCGUUCCAAAAGGACUGAAUUUGACCAAAAAUAGCCUCUAGUUUAACUUUUUACCACCCUGACACUUAUCCACCAGUUUUAUAAGAAAAAUGAACCUAUUUACCAUGACAUGAAGUCGACUCUUAUCUUAGUAUCUGUAGUAAAAGUGUAUGAAAUC